AUGUUGGGCCUGCGGGGCGCGGCGGCCGCGAGCCGGCGCUGCGGCGGGAAGGAGCGGGGGCGCGCGGCCCUGUCCCUGCGACAACAGCGCCCCGAGCCGCCGCACCGCCCACUUCCGCCCGUCGCCGGCGCCUUCCCUUUUAUAAGCUCGCCGCCGCCGCGCGCCCGCGCGUCCUUCCGGCGCGAGCCGGCCGUCCCAGGACGCUUUGCGGCGCGGCGGCCCCGGCAGGCGGCGGGGUUGAUGGUGCGCCGCUGGGGAGGUGGGGGCGGGCCGCGAGUGCCCUUCCCGGGGCGCCCGGAGCCUCAGCGCAACCGCGCGUUCCUGCUGGGCUUUGUGACGCCGCGCGCCCCCGCCGCCUCCCUGCCCGCCCGGCCCCAGCGGCGCGGGCAGCGGAGGGGGCCGGCCACAGCCGUCGGCCGCGGCGCGCAUGCGCGCGGACCUGAUCCGCCGUGCGGGUGCGAGGUCUGCGCUUCCGCCCGAAGACGCUGCUGCCGAGCGGGGUCCGCAUCCACAAAAGCUCGCCUCCAUCUUUCGAUUGUCAGAAAGCAGUCUCUGAAUGCCCUAGAGGAAUGCUGAAGUGCCUCCCAGGAACCAUGGUCCAUAUGAGGCUAGAGGGAUGGACAGCCCAGGUUGGCAAAGGAGCCUACAGCUAGUUGGUACCAAGUCAUCAGGCCCCUGAGAUCCAGGCUGGGCCAGAUCAACAUGGAAGAGCCCUCAAGCUGUCCUGCAAUGACCAGUGUGCACUUGGGUGGGAGAUCAGACAGUGCACUCUCAGUGGAUCCCACAGGGAAGAAGACCCAGAAAGAAGCACUGAGACGAUGCUAGGAUGACACUUAAGCCUCUCCCCCUCCCACUGCCCACACUGGAAUCCUGACCAGAGGAGCACAGGGAAAUAAUCCUAAUCAACUGGGAAUUACCCACCACCACCCCCAAACUGAGUUUUAAGCCACAGGUGACUGCACUCUCUUAAUUUCACAAGAUUAAGUUUUCCAUUACAAAUGGAAGCACAUUCGUUAAAACUGCUGCUACAUUGUGUCUCUGAAGAAAUCCAAUAAAAAUUCCAGUGGCAAGCUGGCCUUUCUGCAGAAUGGCUUCCCCGUAGAGCAACCUGAAGGGGAUGGCCCCUCUUCCCGAAGGUGAUUACAGAAGCAAGCAGAGGAUUAAGGAAGCACUCGGUAUGAAGGUCUGCCUGUGGAGUACAGAGGUUUGUGCAGAGCAAAUGCUGUAGUCAAUGUCAUGGCUGAGGGUAUGGCUGGACUUGAAAAACAGUCCACGGUGAAGGGGAAACUUCAACACAAAACCAAAUAUGAGGUCCCAAGUCAGUCAAAUCAUAGUAGUGGUAAUGAUACCAGCCCUGAUAUCGGUUCCCCUACAUUAAACCCAGCAUAUAUGGGGUUAAAAUAAAAACACUCAUCCCCAUUCCCUGCUUACUCCUUGGCUUCCUGGCACCAGAAUCCACCAUCCCCUACAGAGGCAGAUAAUCAAGGACAGCCACCUGCAGAAUUCCUUAUCUCCUCCUCCAUGCAAGCAGCCUCACAAGGCCAAACGCAGGCUGGUGGCAAAGUGCUGACCUGCAAGGUCACAGACUCCCCUCUCCCUACAAGCAGCCACAUUCCUUACAACCUUUAAAACCCCUGGCCUCCCAUCUUUAGGGGAGACAAGAGGAAUAUGAGGGCUCACUCUCAUCUCCCGGCUGACGUCACCCAAAAUAAAAACUCUUUCCUUGCCAUAA